ACAAUAUUUUAUGUUUAUCUUCUGAAUUAUAAGUUAUAACCUAACUUUCUUAAAAUUGUGAUUUCUUAAAUUUCUUUACUUUCUCACUUUUUUUUUAAUUACUUCUGCUAUUUUAUAGUAUAUCACAGUUAUUCAAACAAAAUAAUCAUGAUUCCCAACGAAAUAAAGCAUCAAGUUCUACAAGAACUUAACGAAAAAGACAGCAGAGUCCUUUUGGACUUGGAUAAGUGCACAGAGCUCUAUAAUAGCUUGUUGCAAGACAAAUCAGCCAUAGAAGCAGAGUUAAACCCCUUAAACCCCAAAGGUUUUAUUGGGGCCACUCUCAAUGAGGCAAAAAGUAUUGUGGAUCAAAGUGAACUGACCAUAAAAAAUUCCCUUGAAGUGCACAACUCAUUAAACAAUGAAUUAAAUGAGCUGGAGGUAGUAAGGAGUGACUUAAAGUCCAAGUUUGAAAAAUUGUAUGCUUAUCAAACCACUUUGCAGUACUACAGAGUUAUUCAACAAGUUGACUAUCUGUGUAUAGAACUACAAAGAGAAGUGUCAAAAAAAGAUGAUGAAAAGUGUGUUACCCUUUUUGCAAAUUUAACGGAAAUCUUAAGAAUCUUAGCAGAUUGCCCUGUUAAUAAUCUAAAUAAUCAUUUAAAAGAGAACAUCCUGCAUUGGCACACCAUUUUACGGCAAAAGUUAUCAAAAGAUUUUGAGCUAAUUUUGAAGCAGAUGAAAUGGCCUUUUUUGAGUGCCAACUUCAACCUGGUCACACCAAUUGAAGCUAAUGUUCAUAGGCUUCAAAUAGUUGCCGAAUAUUUAGUUCAAAUUGAGAUACCCCCAGAGGUGAAUGUGACUUUUGAAAUACCUUCAGGUGUGUUAAGUGACUUUUCACCACCUUGUCUGCCUAUUCAGCUUUUAAUUGAGCCACUGAAAAAAAGGUUUAUGUAUCACUUUUAUGGCAAUAGAAAGACGAAUAGGCCUGAUAAACCUGAGUGGUACUUUACUCAAAUAUUGACAUGGGUGAGAGACCAUCAAGACUAUGUGGGUACAUGGAUUCAGCCUGUCAUUGAUAAGUUCGGAUUACACCAUUUAGAUGCCAAAAGUGACUUUAUCAGGAGUCUAGUGUUACUAGCAGCGGAAAAACUCAACCUGGAACUGCCCGAACUUCAGUAUGACGAUUAUUUAUUUUCACAUUCAAUAGAUGAGGCAUUGGGUUUUGAUAAGGAGCUUAGGGAUGUUUAUAAUUAUCCAAGUAAUCAGCCUAGUAUAGUGGCGGUUUUAACGCAGGCACCUGUUUUGGUAAAAUGGUUGCUUAUGGAGAAAAAAUACGCCACUGAAAAAAUGGACGCAAUGCUCUCCCCUAAUUGCAGCGAAGCGUUCGACUUACUCACUUCAGACGUCGAGAACCUAAAAAUUACAACUUGUGCGGACGCCUUUAUUACUUUAUUGCAAACUAUCACAGAAAGAUAUGAAUGUUUGCCGCAGCCAGGUCACAGAUUGCAAUUUCUGGAACUCCAAUUAGAACUUUUGGAUGAUUUUAGAGUCAGGUUAUUGCAAAUUAUAAAUGCCGAAGAGGGUGAUUAUAUGGACUCAAAAGUGCCUAUGAUAGCCAACACCUUGUAUUAUAUCGAAAAUGUGCUUGUUGAUUGGGGUUCUAUGCUACAUUAUUUGAACCUUUUUUACUAUAAAUCACAAAUAGACGAGGCUCAACAGCCUACCACGCCAGUCAGCCCAUUUUUAAAUGAUUUCGAUGACAAUACCAUAAGUGAUUUGGAGUCCGAUUCACUUUUUAUAGAAACGCUUUCACUCUAUAGGCAUUUUAGGCGUGAUUUGCUUUGUGGACUGGCAGAAGCGGUUAUAUUAGAGGUUAAAAAAAGAAGUUACGACUAUAGACGGGAGAGGUGGUCACACAUGAAAGUAGCAAAAGAGUUUAGGAGUUUAUCGCUGACGCCUUCAGCUUGCCCUAUAUUUGAAGUUUUAGCAAAAAGGCUUCAUCAGCUACAAAAAAAGUUACAUAGCAAACUUUUUACUAUUGUAUGGCGCAAUAUAGCCACUCAGCUAGACACUUACUUAUUUGAGGAUUUAGUGAUGGACAACAGGUUUAAUGAUGGAGGGGCUUUGCAGUUGAAGUUUGACAUAACAAGGAAUCUUUUGCCCUUAUUUUCGCAGUAUACCGAUACACCCGCUACUUAUUUUACACAGUUAUUAGAGUCAUGCACCCUUCUAAAUCUCCUUAAAGGUUCAGCGUUGCUACUGAGAGAAACGAUUUUGGCUCUAGAGGGCGCCACUGGAGUAGAAGAUACUCGCGGGAAAUAUUUAAAAGAAAUAGGCGUUACCAAUUUUGGUCCCAAGAUGGCCGUGAAAAUUUUAAACCAAAGAACUGACAUUACAGUUAAUAGACACGCCGUGGAUUGACAGAAGCUUUAGUGAAUUUUACUAAUUAUUAAUGCUUUUUUUUAAGUAUUUUUGUGAUCCAAUAGUAAUUUUUUGGGUCCAAAUAUCGAAAACGAGAGCAUGAAUGUACAAAUGUCUACGUUUCGAUUUAUAUAAUGUCGUCCUCAGGAUACUACAAAAAAUUAAUUAAAGAUAAAAUUAUAAAAGUCGAAACGUCGACGUUUGAACAAACAGCAGGCUUUUAUUAAAAAAAGUAAAAGAUUUUAAUUUUCUAAGUCUGUUACUAAAAUGGUGAUAUGUUUUAAAAAUAUUUAUUUGGAUUAGGGUUUUUUAUGUUUUACAAUAUUAUAUGAAAAUAUUUAUUAAGAGAGGUAAUAUAUUGUUUAUAUGGCUA